CCAUCGCUCCUGACCUUGAUUGACUUGGGUUUGUGUGGAAUUGCUGCAAGGGAGGUUAGAUACUACAUGCAGGAGGUUGGAGGAGGGGGGUAAUAGUCUGGAAGUUUAAAGGAGAGUGUAGUUAAGUCAGCUGUAGUAUGAGGAUGAUGCUGCCAAUAGUAGAGUGGGGUUUUUUUUGUUUUGUUUUGGUUUUUUUUUUUUUAAGAUGCUAUGGGAUUUGUUAAGACAAUUGAUAUUCUCCUCUGUUCUCCUUGUUAACUGAGAGAUGAUACAGCCAGUACCUCUUCAGGUCUUCUAGGGAAUUGGGUAGCACUGAUUCACUGGAGUACCAUUUUUGGGAAUUCAGGCACUCAUUCUUGGUCACCUGGGAUGACUGACCCAUACCAGCCUUUUGUAGCCUGACAGCUGUGACUUGCAAAAAAAGCAAAAACAGAGGAUGUGUUCUGUUUUGUGUGUGUGUAUAUGUAUAUUUUAUAUAUAUAUAUAGUCUAAUACUCCCUACAAGUCUUGCCUCGUAUGCUAGGACAUGAGUUCAGGAAGCUAGCUGAGUUCUAACAUGUCCUCUCCAAGGAGCAGAGAGGCACUUACGAGUCAUCCUGUGGCAGUGGAUGUUUUUCAGUGCCUCAGAUGUGGUAAUUCUCAGGUGGGUUCAGCUAUGCAAAUUUAAGUGAAACUGUCUUGGCAUAACCUGUGCAUUGUUUCUCUCUGACUGGAUCUCCCUGUGGAAUUAAAAUCUUGUCCAUACAAAUGUGCGGUGCUUGAACUUUGAAAGUCAGCAAUUUAAAUUUGAGAUAUAAAGUCUUCUACUGGGUUUCAGCUCCAAGUUGGUUUGUUUAUAUUUGCAUCAGUGUUUACGGUACUAGUACAGACUUUCUGUAAGCUGUUAAAGGGAGCUCUGCCACUGAGGGGUUACAGUCCAGGGCAGAUUAUGGCUGUCUCUGAGUAUUUGUGAGAAUAAAAGACUUAAGGAUUUGAAAGGAUGUAAUUUCCUUUGCUGCUUACCAGGGUGUGACUUAAUUUUCCAUUCUCAAACAGAUUUUCCUGGAGGUAAGGUUAAGAGUAUGAAGACUACAGGAAAGCUUAAAAUGUUUAAAUAGCACAGUGGUUUAUUGAAAUGUUAAUGCAGAAUGGCUUUGGGGAGGGAUUCUGUUUUGCAAGUGGAAGCAGAGGUUUCCCUCCUGCCUGCGGCUCCUCCGAAAGCUGUGGAAUGUUGCCCUGAGCUCUUCCCAUUGGCCAGGGAUGUUUGUCCAGAUGUUUGGCUUCUCCAUAAAAGAUAGGCAUUGCUGGACCUGCCGUGCAGUUGAGAGGUGUUGUAGCAAAGAACACAGGGUAAAAAUGACCCAACGUAUUUGUCUGGUUAUUUUACUUCUGUGCCUUGGAUUAAUGUACCCUCUUAUAACGGGAAUUUUUAUGGACAAACUUGCCAGCAAGAAGAUGUGUGCUGAUGAUGACUGUGUCUACACCAUUUCCCUCGCCAGAGCAGAAGAGGAUUAUAAUGCUCCAGACUGCAGAUUCAUUAAUAUUAAAAAGGGGCAACUGAUUUAUGUUUAUUCAAAACUAGUGAAAGAAAAAGAAUCUGGAGAAUUCUGGGCUGGAAGUGUUUAUGGAGAACAGUAUGAAGACCAUAUGGGGACAGUUGGUUAUUUCCCUAGCAGUUUAGUCUCGGAACAACAUGUCUAUCAAGUAGCAAAUAAGACUGUUCCUACAACGGACAUUGAUUUCUUCUGUGAAUAGUGCUGAAAGUGGUUAGAUAAUCUCUAGGCGGCUGCCAAGAAAAGAUGAUAGAAACCAGCCUGGACACCCUCACCGAACACAAAGAAUCCUUUGUCACAGAUGUUUGUAAAAUAUGUUGUAAUUCUUUCAAAUGAGAAAUCUGAUUUAAAGGAAUUUUUUUUUUAAAGGUGUGUGGGGAUAGUUGAAAAAGUUAAAUGUAAACCAUAUGGGAUUUACUUAGAAGUCUUUUUUACCUGCAUAUACUUCGUUACUUGUCAAUAAAUUUAAUAGCCCUUGAGGUACUGUAAGUCUUACUAAGUGGUACAGAUAUGCUAUGUAGGCAGACGUUCAGCCUUCACCUGCCUUUAUUUUCCUGCCAUAACCUUACACCUUCUGUUAAAUAAAAGAAAAACACCUUG